UUUUCUCUGUUCUGAGAGCCAUAGGUUACGAACACCAUGCAAUCGUUGGUCCAACUUUGUUUUCGGGAUACGUGCCAUGUAUCUUGCUCUCUUUUUCCUGGGCAUUUUCCCCAGGUUUCUGUCGCACUUCAAGAAUUCUUUGCGAAUUCUGAAUGUAGCUUGCUGGUGAUCCCUUAGUUGUACUUCGUGUCGCUUGUUCUGGCCAGAACUGAUUCAUUGGAGCCAUAUAACUGCCCAUUGUGGUCUCUUUUUGUUUUCAAACGUGUCCUGUUUUAGUGAAUUCCUCUCAAUUGAGGUUGUUCUUUUCCCUUGGAAAAAUUUCGGUGCUUUGGCCUUCUGGUUGCAUUCAGUAAGAUUCGCGAGAAGCAACGACUCCAACUUAGGAGCCCCACCCCCUGGUGUCUGCCUGUCCAUUCUUUGGAACUUUAGGUGUUGUCACUGUCCCUGAUCUCUUAACAUUCCAAAUCCUCACUGCUUCACGCUUAACCGCGCGAACUUUGCUCCUUAGGGUGCUUCAGUUCUAUUUCUAUUUUGAUUUUUGAGUUACUCCUAUCUUUGUUAGUGUGACUUCAGAGUCACAUGCCACAGGUUUCGCAAAUGCAACCUUUUGUUCUUGAGAAGAACGUGUGCAUCGUAAGGGAUCAAAUUUCUCUGCGUCCUUCUCGAUGUUUCCCUCGUGUUGCGGGACCCGAGUCGCUUUGAUUGGAGUAGGUGUGGGUUUAUCAAAAGUAAUCCUGGCAUCAUCUUUCGACAAGUGGAGCAAAAAUAAAUGUGCGGCAUCUGUUAUUAUUUGGCUCCAAACUGAGUUGAGGUGGUAUUGCGCAGAGGCUGUGAAGUUCUUUCUGAUGCGUAGUCAUCAUAAGUUCAGAUAAGCUAGGACGAAGUAAAGCUUAUGGCACAUGAUAGGGUUCACUUGAAUGUAGGGGGCAAGCAUUUCGUCACAUCUCGGACAACUCUUGCUAAUGCAGGCAGAGGAUCAAUGCUUGCAGCAGUAAUAGAUGAAAAUUGGCAGCUAGUGCCAGACGCAGCGUCUAAUGAGCUCUUUAUCGAUAGGAACCCAGCCUAUUUCACUGUCCUUCUGGAUCUUCUACGAACUGGUGAACUUCAUGUGCCUCCCGGCAUGUUGGAGAAACCUCUGUACAGAGAAGCUGAGUACUAUGGGAUACUUGAUCACGUGAAAGCCGCACGCAAAGGUCCAUUGAAUGGAAAUCGUCUCGACUGCGUUGCCUCUAUUAGUGGGCGAGCUACUGGUGAUGGAACUGCCAUUCGAGCAUCUCCAGAUGGCGGAUGCUGUGUUGCUCAUGGAAGCAUGGUACAUGUCUAUGAUUGGUUGAUGGAAGAGCAAACUCCACUUACCUUAGACUACGUAAAUGUAAACGACGUAGGAUUUCUUAGCUCAAAUCGAGUUGUAAUCUGUACCGGUGAACGCGAGAAUGGAGCUGGCGGGAUGGCAUCUUUUAACACCAGGACUGGAAAAAUUGAGCACAAGUUUCAGGUCGUUCACGAUGGUGAGUCGAAGAAUUUCACGGCAGGUGCACUUGCUAGUAGUGAUAAGCACGUAUAUGCUAGCUGCCGGGGUAGGAGCUACGAAUAUGGGGUCGGGACUUGGGACCAAAUUACUGGCCAACAAGCAUCAUUCUUGUACGAAGGUCCGGGGCGCCCCCUAGGCGAUGCUUGUAAAAUGCAGUGGUUACCGCGUACAAAUCUCCUCCUUGUGGCGAACUUGUUUCCGAGCAGUGAUCAUAGCUUCAUCACUCUUCUCGAUUCUCGGACAAAAGGAAAAGUGUGGUCGUGGACAGACGCCGCUCUGCGAGGCACAGCUGAUGAGAAGAUAGUUAUGGAUACGGUAGCCAUGGAAGAAUGCUCCACAGUUUGUGUGGUCAAUCAAUUCGAUAAUCUUGGCUUUAUUGAUAUGCGGGCCAACAAUCAAUGUGUACGAUGGAGCUACAGAUACCAACCUAGCAAAAUUUCAGAGGCUGAAGAACGGUUCUAUUCUAAGCUUGCUUGUAGUGGAUCGCAGCUCUUCUCAAGUAAGAAUGACAGCGUCUAUGUUUUUUGUAGUCCAGACUGGGACGCUGCCAAGGGGGUUCAAACAGCAAGAUUACGAAGAAAAGAGGGCGGAGCAAUUAGUGACAUCUCUGUCGGUGGAGACAGGCUUUUUGUGCUUCACAAUGAGGAGGAUGUGUUCGACGUGUGGGAAACUCCAGGGUCGUCACAAAUUGUAGAUAUUUACUGAAGCACAGGUACUACCUUCUGUGAAAAAGUCCUAGCAACUUAAAAACCACAUUUGAUUCUUUUAGUGGAUCACCAUAAAUGAUUAGUGUUUAUAUUUGAACACAUGUUCAUUCAGAUCCGGAUGGUCUACGAAGCCUUGUGGUAGGAUAGGCAACCAUUUGAGUAGUUUUUGUGUCGUUCAGUUGUAAACGAGAACCACCCACUGAACUUGCACAGCUGAUAUUUGAGAGUAGUGGUAGUUGGACAUUCAUGAGGGUUUAGACAGCGACAUAUUGUUGCUCUGGUCCCUCACAGCCUCGAGUAGGCACGUUGAAGAGACACAUUUCGUAGAUACGUCUUCCAAAGACGACGUAAUUCGACUUUUGCUAAAUCCAGGGAUUACUUGUAGACCUUGGCGACACUCUCCACAAGGACAGAGUAAUAUGUAUGUAGUCUUUAAAGGACCAGCUUCUUGCAAUUUCGAACAUCCCUCCCCUCUUAUAUGCACCAA